AUGAUUGAUUUUGAACAAUUGUUGGAGUUUGAAGACUCUCUUAGCCAGGGCUUAUCAAACACAAAUGCCAUCGUCUUGCAAAAUUUGGCAACCAAAAUUGAACAUUUUAAAAACAAUGAAGAAGAACAACAACAACAACAGCAACAACAAGAAGAAGACUCGGUGUCAACUGAUGCGUCAAUCUCAUCAACACCAUCUCGGGCACUUGCCUCGUUCACUUUGGAACAAGCUACAAGCAAUUACAAUAUACUUGAAGAUGACUUUGCUUCUUGCACAACAUGCAAAGAGCAACUCAGUCAAUCAACAAAACUGUGCUGUCAAUCUACAGUUGAACAAUCCAACUCAACGUUUUCUAAUUUGGACCAACAAUAUUGGACCUUGUUUCUUGAAAACCCAACACGAACAAUCAACACUUUCCCCUAUUACACAGAACUCUGCUUAAAACAAGGUAUCCCCAACUCGUUGAGGUCUGCCAUCUGGACAAAACUAUUUCUUCUCAAUUCCGCAACUGUGCCCAAAUCAAUGAGCCUCAUAUACCAUAAUUUCCAACAUUCAUAUUCAGCAGAAGUCUCUGAGCAGAUCAAAAAAGACUUGAACCGCACAUUCCCAACAAUUCCAUUCUUCAAACAACCACAAACAAUCAAUGACCUCUCCACCAUACUCAACGUCUAUGCCAACUACGAUGCUGAAUUGGGCUACUGCCAGGGCUUACUAUUUCUUGUGGGUGUCUUGUAUCAUCACUUUAAAGGCGAUUGCGAAAUGACUUUUUUUGCAUUAACCAAUGUCAUGGAUCUCGAAACUGAGCUCCAUGAUAUCUUUACACCAAACUUAAUGUCGCAGACAUUAUCCUUGUGGUAUCGUCAAUUUUGCAAUAUUUUCCAACAAGUAGAUUCCGAAUUGUAUAAUCAUCUCACAGGGUUUACUGAUAUGACCACCUUUUUAUACCAAUGGUGGCUAACAUUUAAAACCUCGCAUACUCCAGACACCAGCAUCAUCAAUAGAGUGAUGGACUUUUGCAUGUUCCAAGGCUGGAAACUUGGAAUCUUUAAAGUUAGUCUUGCAUUGAUCUUGGUCAACAAGCCCAUCUUGAUGAGCUUGGGUAAGAAGCUGCAGAUAGCAAGUGGUUGCGACCAAUUUGGUCAUAGAUACCAAAACGAAAUUAAAAAGAGCAAUAUAAAUGUUGUUGAUGCUAAUCAUAACUGUAAUGAUGGAAAUGGUGGUCAGGACCAUAAUAAUCAUAACAAUAACUAUGAUAAUGAUGAUGGUGGUGAUGAUGAUGAUGAUGAGGUUGUAUACCAGCACAUGCUCAAUGAAGCGAAAUGGGGCAAAGUUGUCAGUGAUAUGGACUACUUUUUUGGAGAAUUGGUGUUUUCAUUUGAUGAUUCAUUGUUUAUUGAUUUGGAAGACAAAUUAGAAAAGCAUGCAAAUGGUUUAGACCCAAAGGUGGCUACAAAUGGUGAGAAUCACUUGUUUUUGCAUACUUUGCAUAGCUUGAGAAAUUUCUCCUUACUCAAGUCGCCACUUAAAAAACCUACUAAACUUCAUACAGCGAAAUUGAAUAGUGAACGAAUUGACAAAAUUAACACAUCGAGUUCAAGCUCCAUCAUUUCGAGCUGGAAUAAUCUAAGCGAUAAUAAACGUUCACGUUCGGGACUGGCUAGCUCCUCAUACAACUCACAAAAUAGUUCAUCACAUAGUAUAUUCUCCACCUCUUUGAAUUUGUCUUCUACCCCUUCAAGACAAACGACAUCGUCAAGUAACUCCUUACUCUUGCCUCAUGAUAAGAUGUUGGAGCAAGAGGAUGGAGCAGAAGUUGGGUCGAUAUACUCGGAGAUGUCACAAGAAUCUUCCUACUCAGGAGUAGGAGUAUCGGGAAAUGUAGAAGUUAUGGGAGCAGCAACUUUCUCGCAUUCAACGGCAGUUACUACACCCAGUACAGGUUCUUUGUCAAGACAUUCCGCAAAGAAUAGCAUGACACGUGCAUCUGUUGGUGAAGACAUAGCUCGAGUUAAAUCAGGAUCUUCUUCUUCUUCCUCUUCUUCUUCUUCUUCUUCAUCAUCAUUUGGUGAUUACUUCAAGUUGCCGUUUGGACGCUCUUCUACAAACCACACAGGUAUUAUUAUUGAAGAAAAAGAAGAAGAGCAAAAAGCUAGUGAUGGUGAUGAGUCGGAAGAGUUGAGACAAAAUAACAAAGCUAUGAAGGCACUCCUUGAACGUGCAUUCCAAUUACUCGAUGGUAAUCAUGAACAGGAAAUGGAAGUUGCCAUGUUGAAAGGAGAAAUCUUACAAGCAAUUAGUGACUAG